AUGACUGGCAUUUCACAGAAAAGUGUGUCUUGCAAGCAGCAUGCCUCUUUCGCUUUUCAAGUCACAAUCGUCUCGGAAACCCACGACAAUGCUCGACUUUCUGAGGAGAUUGUGUCACUUGGGCGUCUCGACGACUCAACAACACGGCAACCAUCAAUCGGCAUAAAAGCCAGACGAUCGGAGGAGAAAAAAAUGGGAAUCAAGCACGGCAAAAUGUCCCUUCAACUGGUGAUGCGCUACAAGACCCAGAAAGCAGAUGAGCCCUGGUUACCUGGCUUCAGGUCUCCCAACCCCACCCCACGCCCUCCGCAAACAUGUAGGAAUAAGCAAACGUUUUCCCACAGGAAACUUACGUCAACUGAACAACAUUGCUUUGAACGGCCCCAGUGGAGUUUCUCGCAAUGCAAUAAUAGUCUCCGCUAUCUUCCGGGUAGCAGUAGACGAUGUCCAAGAUCGCAAAGCCGCGAUCCAAAGUGGUGUUGA